AUGGUCCACUCCUCCCUCUCCAUCAUCGCCACGGCCAUCACUCUGGGCGCAGCCCUCCGUGGCGCCUCAGCGCAGACGGGCAACCCCUCUGCUGCGUCGGGCCAGUCGUUCAACCAGCCCACCAAGUCGUGGGAGCAGUGGCAACCCAAGCCCACCUACGCCUACAGCGCCCUCCCCGACAGGUACAUGGGCGACGACCGUGGCAAGCCGACCGAGUCUGGAUACCAAUGGGACCAGUCUGGUUACAACCGCUGCUUGCAGGCAGAUGGGUCGUGGAAUGCCAACGCCACCUGCCAAACGGCGUGGAUCAACGCUGUGGAUGACUGGUGUAUCUGGGGUCCGCCCGUCGCCGGCACCGAGGUCGGCAGCUACGAGCGCGUGGCUGUCGCCUACUGCACCAAGGGCAACCACGGCACCCGCCUGAUUCCCGAGGGCACCCUCACUGGUGUGCACUUUGUCAAGACCAAGGACUACGUUCAGGUCACGGGCCAGGGUAACUUCACCAACAUCGGUAUCCCCGAGGGCGACGCUGGAGGCGAGAUGGACCCUCACGGCGAGGACGACCUGAUGAACCCCAUCGGUGGCGUUGUUUACUCGACUGUUGUGCCCGGCCAUGAGGGCACUCCCUACCAACUCGGCGAGUGGACCAACUUCAUGAGCUGGAACCAGUUCUGUCUUCGUGCCUGCUGGGGUACCAAUGCUAGGGCGCAGUGCCAGCACAUCUACGACGUUCUCGGCUGCACCUGGAACAUUCCCGCCAACUACGGCGAAGGCUUCGAGUCGUGCGAAGGUGACAUCGCCAUGAUCCAAGGCGUAUACGACGGGUCUACCUUCUACCAGGGUCAGCCCAACACUCCUGCCCCCCACCCGGCCCCGUCUAGCUCGCGCUGCUCCUCCAUGUCGUCAGUCGGCAACGGUGGUCUCCUCCUCGCUGCUAGCCUCCAGACGUCAAGCAGCGCCGCUCCUGCUUCCAGCUCUGCUGCUGCAGGAUCUUCAAGUGGAAUGCAGACCGUCGGCAGGCAGACGGGAGCUAGCUCCGGCGCCAAUGCCGCCGCCACUGGCUCUUCAAGGGACAAUGCUUCUUCUGGCGCUGCCUCUACGAUGGUCGUCGGUGCCGCUGCGGGUAUCGUUGCCCUCGUCGGCGCCGCUAUGGUUCUCUAA